AAGCUUGGGAGGCUUCUGUGGAGGAAGAUGAUUCAAACUCUGCCUGUCCUGCCUGCAUGAGGAGGUGAAGGACUGCUGCUCGUCCCUGGGCUACGUUUGAGCCGUUACUUCUAUACAUCCCAAGAAGGAAUAACAACGCAGAAGUCACCGGUAUCAUACAGAUAGCUGUGGUUUAGAAAAACGUAGAAAUGUAAGACUUUUCUUCUGUAAUGGAUCUUUGUUCAAGUCCCAGUUAUGACACCUUAUGGAGGCCGUAUUCCAGGAGAAAUUUAAUGAAGGUAGUGGUAUGUUGGAAGUGGAGGGAGGAAGAGAGCCGCUAGCCAGAGCCCAGGUAUUUGCCCUGGCUCCUCUCAUCCUCAGUUUUACAUCGUGACCAAAUGUCUCAUCGCUGCCAGAAUCAGGCCCUAAGAAAGCUAGUUUCUAAGUGAGUCCGGAGUAAGGUAGGCUUAGCGUCAUUUUUCUGACGCUUUCAGAGCCGUGAAAUUCUGCAGGGUCCAACAAGGUGUCGCAGCUCUGGCAGAGAGACACCACCGCUCAAACUGCCCUUCUGUGACUUUCUAAAGCCUAAAAAGAUCUUUAAAGAACACCAUAUGUACAUGCACUUCACCUCUCUGGAAAGAAGACAGGCUUGUGUCGGUCAUUUUGGGAGGAGAUCUGUAUUCUGUGGGAUAGACGGGCAAGCGAGCCGGCGGGAGGCAGGUCCGGACGCCUUGCUCCUUCCUAGGGCCUGGACCUCGCCAAAGGAUGGUCCUUCUUAAUCCCAGUGCUUCCCCCAAACUACCAUUCUGCAGUCUUUAUUGCAGGUUUGGAAAUUUUGAUACCACAGAGGCCAAACAUUCAGAAAUCAUUACACUCCCUUAAUUUUUUUUUUUUUUUUCAAACAAAUACACUUAGGGUUAAUAUCCUCUGGCUUGUAAGCUCUAAAAUACAUUUGGGCAAUUUCCCAUAUUUUUCUCUCUAAUCACAAAAGCAAAAUGCUUGCCUUAAUUUUUUUCUUACACAGUGACGUGGUUCCUGGGGCUGGGGACUCCGUGAGAGUGCAAAAUACGACAAAUAGUCUAUAUCUAGUGACACGUCCUCAGUUUUGGCCCGAGCAGAGACAAAGCAGCAACACUUGCAUGUACCAGACAAAAGGAGUGUUAGAUUACAUUUGGAAGCUUCUGUGGACAUUGAAUUACUGGAAGAGAAAUGAUUCUAGUGAUUAUUUAUCAGAGGAUCAGCAGAAACGGCAACUCAGACCUGAGGUGAUAAAAAAAGACAAGGCUGGGAAGAGAUAACUCUUCUGUGCAUUCUGUAUUACAUUUCAGCAUUGAAAGUUAUAUAAAGUGGCAAUACACUUUUUUCUAGCAGAAAACCUGACCAGUUAUGUUAUUUAUGUUAUCCUCUGUAUUGCAAGGAAAAAAUAGUCUAUUUUAAUUGUUUAUAUAUAUUUGAGUUAUGGAAAGUUAUAAGUAAAGAUGGUAGAAACAUGUUUGAAACAGAAGUAUGGACAUGAUUCAAUGGUUAACUUAUUUCCUAAAUGAAUGAGAAAGGAAACAGGUUGCUGCAAGCUUCUACUCUCACUUCCUUAUGAGAGAAGACAUAGAGGCUGUCUGAGAAAGAACGGGGCCAUUGUGCGUGCUCGUCUCGGGCAAUCAUGGGUAACUGGGUAGAGAAUGAAGGACUGUCCAUCUUCGUCGUUCUUGUGUGGCUGGGCUUAAAUGUCUUCCUCUUUUGGUGGUACUACCUUGCAUAUGAUAUCCCACCAAAAUUCUUCUACACCAGAAUACUCCUUGGCCGUGCUUUGGCACUGGCAAGGGCCCCUGCAGCUUGUCUGAAUUUCAACUGCAUGCUGAUUCUGCUGCCAGUAUGUCGAAACUUGCUCUCCUUCCUCAGAGGAUCAAGUGCGUGUUGCUCUACCCGCGUCAGACGACAGCUGGACAGGAACCUCACCUUUCACAAAAUGGUGGCAUGGAUGAUCGCCCUUCAUACUGCAAUUCACACCAUCGCACACUUAUUCAAUGUAGAGUGGAGUGUGCAAGCCCGUGUUGAAGAGAAAGGAACUCUGGCAGCUGUGCUUUCUAGCCUUGGUGAUAACCCAAAUGAAAGCUAUAUCAACUUUUAUAGAAAAACUAUUGGGAAUCCUGUGGGGGGCCUGUAUGUGGCUUUCACGUAUUUGGCUGGUCUCACUGGCGUUAUCAUCACACUGGCCCUCAUACUAAUCAUCACGUCAUCCACCAAAACCAUCCGAAGGUCGUAUUUUGAAGUAUUUUGGUACACCCACCAUCUCUUUGUCAUCUUCUUCAUUGGCCUUGUCAUCCAUGGUGCUGGGCGUAUUGUACGGGGCCAGACAGCUGCAAGUCUGGCUGAACAUAAUCCAGAGAUUUGCUACAAGAACUUCACUCACUGGGGGAAGAAGGGCGCUUGCCCAAUCCCCCAGUUUUCAGGGAAUCCUCCUAUGGUGGUCAUUCAUCCCUUCAAGACAAUUGAGCUCCAGAUGAUGAAGAAGGGCUUCAAGAUGGAGGUCGGGCAAUACAUUUUUGUCAAAUGUCCAGCAGUGUCUAAACUGGAAUGGCAUCCAUUUACAUUAACCUCUGCUCCAGAAGAGGAUUACUUCAGCAUUCACAUCCGUAUUGUAGGAGACUGGACAGAGGGCUUGUUCAAUGCCUGCGGAUGUGAUAAGCAAGAAUUCCAGGAGGCAUGGAAAUUGCCCAAAAUAGCCGUGGACGGCCCCUUUGGAACAGCGAGUGAGGAUGUAUUCAGUUAUGAAACUGUUAUGCUUGUUGGAGCUGGAAUAGGGGUCACCCCCUUUGCAUCUGUACUCAAGUCUGUCUGGUACAAAUACUGCCACGAUGCGACCAACCUAAAACUCAAGAAGAUUUAUUUUUACUGGCUUUGCAGGGACACUCAUGCUUUUGAAUGGUUUGCUGACCUCUUGCAGUCUCUGGAGGCUCAAAUGCAGGAGAGGAAUAACGCAGACUUUCUCAGCUAUAACAUCUACCUUACAGGCUGGGAUGAAUCUCAGGCCACUCACUUCGUAAUGCAUCACGAAGAAGAGAAAGAUGUGAUUACAGGCCUUAAACAGAAAACCUUGUAUGGAAGACCUAACUGGGAAAAUGAGUUCAAAACUAUUGCGGGGAAGCAUCCUGGCUCCAGAAUAGGUGUUUUUCUCUGUGGACCUGAGGGCCUAGCUGACACACUCAACAAGCAGAGCAUCAGCAACUCAGAAGCUGACCCGCGAGGAGUACACUUCAUUUUUAACAAGGAAAAUUUCUAACUCCCAAGCAUGUGGGAGUCAUUCUAUACAAAGUCUAAAGACUGGAUCUCUUUUUCUGUUUGGAGUCUGGGAAGGACAGCCCAGCUUCUAAUCUCAGCUACACUAACACAAAUCCCUUUGCUGCUUGGGAAUUAUUUUGGCUCUGUGGUAGAGUAAAAGAGUCAAGUUUUACCUUAGGGAAGUUUGCACUGCCCUCCGCGUCCUGGCAAUUUAGUAGAAAUCUAUUUUCUUUGUCUGUGUGAGGAGAUUUCCCCUCAAUUAACUGCCUUUAUCCUCCUAUUAUUCAUAAUGACUGCUGAAGGGUCUAGGCAGCCAUAUGCAUUUGGGAGACAAUUCACGCUGAUAAAGCUUAAUGCUAUUAAACAAUAAAGCAUUCUAGCAUAAUGCUUGCUAUUAGGAGACAGCUUAUCCUGGCUGCAGCCAGUCCCUGGAACUAGGGGGGUUUGGGGAAGGGUGACUGGGAAAGAUUGUUCCUUGCAAGAGGAAAUCUCCUUUGCGCACCAGCAUCUUUCAGGCUUCCGAAUACAAGCCUAAACGUCUUGUCCAAGAGGUAACGCAGGCAGCUGAAGAGCAGCCGUUCCUCUUUAGGAAAGCAGAGAACUGGAAAGGAACCACCUGGAUUUCUGAGUCCCACCCCCACCCCAGCUGUGGGGGGAUGACGACAACAGAAUCAAACCAAGUCCCGCACCCGGCACGUGAACCAUCGCUUGGCUGCUUCGAACGCUCUCGGUUUCACAUCUUCAAAUUCACGGUACAGGGAUCCAGACAAGAAGAGAUUUUGUGUUUUCAAGACUGCCAUUUCUGAUUUUCAAGGCUGAAGAAACUUGUUGCUAAAUGAUUUAAUAGGUAUUUUCUGAAGCAUUCUUAAAUGCAUACAGUGCUUUUGGCCCUGUUGUUCAGCUGUUCCUCUUUGAUAGUGAACCAGCUUUGAGAAAGCAAUGAUCAUGUGGGCAGUAGCUGGAAUAGCUAUGAAUAAAGUUUCUGAUGUGUAUAAGACACCCAUACACAGCACAGUACUUCUGUAUGUACAGUACAGGUAACAGGUUCUUAAAAAAAAAAAAAAGGAACCAAAACUUUUAAUACCAGCAGCAGAUAAAAAAAGCAUUAAAACCAGCAGCACAGAAAAAAUGAAAAAAGAAGUGCAAAAAGCCUUGAAAAAAGCCACAGUUUAGUAUACCAUGGGUCUCCUGUUCAGCUCAGUCACCUGCUUAGUGACUUUUAAACUCUGCAGUCAAGCCCUGCAAUAGCUCUUACACAGCACAAGACCUUUCUGACAGGUUCUUACUGUCACAGAAGAAAGUGGUGGUCUGCUUCUGCAAUUUCAAGCAAGUUUGUGUAGCCAUCUGGUUGCAUGUAUCAUAUUUUACACCUCAACUUGCCAGACAGGAUGUGUUCUCCCUUUAUACCAUUUUUAAAUGUUAUCCAAGCACUCCAUGCUACUUCAGAAGGACAGCUUACCCAUUCCUAUUUAUUAAUAUCAGUUUCUGGCAAGUGCUGGCAAAGAUCAACUCUUGGUGGGGAAUUUUUCAGUUCUUUCCCUCAGAACGGCCACAUUUAAAUCCACAUAAUUCUGUUUGAAACACAACUAUUAAAUCAGAAUAGAACAUAAGCAAAAUUAAAGAAACUUCUUCUGUGGAAUAAAAAAUAUUGCUACUGAAACAUAAUAAGGCUCUCGUCCCAU